AUGACUGAAAGUAUAAUUAUGAUUGGAUUUUAUUUCUGCUAUGUUGCAUAUCUAUUAAGAGCUGAAAAGGAAAUAGAGUGUACUGAAGACGAGUGUCAUUCAUUAUGUUCAACCGGAUCGGUGAAAUCCAUGAAUCAUGCAUUAAACAUAGACGAUGCUCUUGAUAUCUUAUCCAAUGCAGAAAUCAUAAGAUCACCAUCGCCCAUGCAUCAAAUUGAUGAAGAACUUGACGCUCCAAUUGAAUUUGAGAACUGGUUUCUCAAUGUUCUGAGGCAUAUUGUCACUUGCAUAAAUUUAAUAUUUUCAUUCUUGAUACCAGUUACUUCAUCGCCAUACUACGAUUCCAGGUUGUUUCAAAUUUGGCAUUUUUGCAUAAUAUCGUAUAUAAUCAACAUGCAGUUUUUCAAAAUAGCUCUUGUUGAUUUGAUUCCGAUCAUUUUAGUGGGGGUAUUGAUUACAGAGUUUAUCAAGCCAAUCUUGAAUAGGCUUCCAAAACUCUAUCAAUGCAUCAUCAACAUAGUGGGAAUUGGUAUGUCAUUAAUAAUCAUGUCACAAAUUUCAACACAAGUUUUAAAGGUCUUUAAGAACCUAGGAAUAAUUCUCAGGAUAUCGGAUUAUUUGCUUGGAUUGGUUGUCUUUUCUAUAAGUAAUUCCAUCAAUGAUAUUGUCACAGAUAUAACGGUUUCCACUACCGUAAACCCAAUCUUCGGUCUCAAUUCAUGUUUGGGCACUCCUAUGUUAAUUACAUUAUUAGGGAUUGGGGUCAACGGAUUAAUUCUUAAUUUGAGUCAUCAUUCAUUAGUUUUUGAAUUGAAAAUAAACUUGGUUGUAAGUCUUUUAGGAGCAAUUGCUACGGUCAUAUUCUAUUUGAUUUAUAUUCCUUUGAAUAAUUGGAAACUCGACAAAAGAUUAGGAAUUAUCGUUAUCGGUUGGUGGUUACUUAUAACAAUAGUAAACUUUUCACUCGGCUAA